CAUGGGCUUCCACAAUCGUGACUGCAAAAUAGACCCGGCUCGUCAACGUCGUCCACCUACAACUUUUUCUAGGUUUCAGCUUCGGGAUCUGUAAUCAGUAAUCCCCUGUUUGUCUCCUUAGAAAACGAGAGAGAAAGAGAAAGAUUAUCAGAAUCAGCGUAGCGAGAAGCUAGAAAGGCGAGAUCGAAGAUGUAUGGAUUCUCGGCAAUUCGGAGCAAGGAUCUAGGGAAAGAGCCAGAUCUCGAGGCCGGCAACGGCGAGACUCUGUAUCCAGGUCUAGGUCUCGGCGAGAACCAGCUCCGAUGGGGUUUGAUCCAGAAGGUUUACGGCAUCCUCGCCGCUCAGCUGGUCAUCACCACCAUCGUCUCCUCCGUCACCGUCCUCUACGCUCCCGUCAAUGAGCUCCUUAGGGGAAGCCCCGGUCUCCUCUUGUUCCUCUGCGUCGUCCCCUUCAUCCUGAUGUGGCCUCUUCACAUCUACCACCAGAAGCACCCAGUCAACCUGAUCGUGCUUGGCCUCUUCACCAUUUCUCUCAGUUUCCUGGUUGGCGCAAGCUGUGCUAACACAGAUGGGAAAAUCGUGCUGGAAGCAUUGAUCCUGACCUCUGCCGUGGUCUGCUCUCUGACUGUCUACACCUUCUGGGCCGCCAAGAGAGGCAUGGACUUCAGCUUCAUGAGACCCAUUUUGUUCACCAGCCUCAUGAUCCUCGUACUCACAAGCUUCAUCCAGGUGUUCUGCCCACUUGGUUCGACCUCCACUGCAGUCAUUGGCGGGAUCAGUGCACUGGUAUUCUCGGGAUUCAUCGUCUACGACACCGACAACUUGAUCAAGCGAUACACUUACGACCAGUACAUCCUGGCCUCCGUCGCCCUCUACCUCGACAUCCUCAAUCUGUUCCUCACCAUCCUGCGCGUGCUCAGGCAGGGAGACAACUAAGUAGAAGCUUGUACAUAAAAGAGCACCAUUCUCUUUCUCUAUUCGAAACUUGUUGAGCAAAUGUCCACUUCUUAUCGAUCCUCCUCUCUUGUAAUUGUCGCUAUAACACACUCUUUCUCAUCGGUGCUGCUUUGUGAUUUCCUCGGAUUUACAGUGUUAAAAGUAAAUUCCCCCAUUCCGUCUUGUCAAACAGCUGUAGAUGAAUUGUUAUUACCUUUCGAAUCCUGUGUUGCUCAAUGAAUAACCCGAAUCCUAUGUGAUUUAUCUGGAAA